CCACCCUCCUCCUCCACUACCACCACCCUCCUCCACCUCAACCACCACCUCCUCCUGCUCCAUCCUUCUCGCUCGAAGCCUCUCAGCGUGGAGCUCUUCCUGCUGCUGCUUUGGCUGAUCUACGCGUACGUAGCCGACAGCGCCCAUCGGAGGCGCGGUGAGUCGGAGGUCGGGCGAUUGCCGCGCCGUUUGGUGCCACCUCGGUGGUGUCGUGCCCGCAGGUGACGCGACGGAGCGACGGAGGCCGCAGGAGGAGAUCCUCCCGGCCGUGAGAUGUCGCGUCGUAGAGGGGCCAACGAGCCACGGAGACACCCUGCUGCUGCUGAUGCUGCCGGAGACGUGGAGGAGGAGGAGGAUGAGGAUGAGGAGGAGGAUGAGGAGGAGGAGUCCCCUUCUCUGCCCGUGGAGCUGCUCGUGAAGCGAGAGGAGGAGGAGGAGGAGGCGGAGGAGGCGGAGGCGGGCGACGAGGGGAAGCCGCCAGCGCCCCCCGAGCACGACGCGGCGGCCAGCGCCGGGCGCCCGCUGCUCGUCAAAGAGGAGGAGAGCGGCUGGGCGCGGCGGUGCGGGGGGGCGGGGUCAGCGGCGGUGGCCACGGCCUCGGCGUGGGGCGGCGGCGGCGGCGGCGGCGGCGGCGGUGGGGGCGGCGCUCCGGCGACGAUGGACGUGGACCGGCGCCGCCGACGACGCCGCCGGGCGUGGGUGGCGGCGGCGGCGGCGGCGGCGGCAUCGCCGGAGGUGGCCGAGAUCGAGGUGGUCCUGGAGGAGGAGGACGGAACGCGCCGAGCUACGGUUCCCGGUGCGGCCUCGGAGGCGUCGCCACCGAACACCGCGACGGUCGGCAUCCCCAACGCCCCCAACGGAUCGCACCAAUCGGGCAUCCAGUGGGCUCGCGAGGCGAUCCUGCUCCUCAUCGACACGUACCGCCGCCACCGGGGGGACUUCGAGUCGCCCCUGGUGAAGAAAGUGGACGUUUGGAGACGGAUCUCCAGCGUCAUGGCCGCGAGCGGCUACACCUACAACCCAGACCAGUGCGAUAAGAAGAUGCGGGCGCUAAAGUUCAGGUACAAGACGAUCCGGGACAACGUGGGCAAGGCGACGGCACGCGGCCGCUCCUCCUGGGAGUUCUUUGACCUCGUGCGGGACCUCGUGGGCGCAGCGCCCCACCGCGGUGGUGGGACGGCGGCGGCGGCGGCGGCAGUGACCUCGGCGCCACCGCCCAAAGCACGCAGAGACGACGACGCCGCCGCCGUGCCUCCCGGGAGCUCUGCGCCCAAUGUCGCUGGGACGUCGUCGCCUCCUCCUCUUCCUCCGCCUCCUCCUCUUCCUCCACAUCCUGACAACAAUGUAGCGGCGGCGUCACCAUCGUCGUUUGACCGUCGGAGGAAACGGAAGAGAGGAGGUGGAGGAGGUGGUGGAGGAGGCGCGGGGGAGCCGGAAGAUAAUGGACCCCCGCCGCGGUGGUUCCGGGAGUUUGCGAGGUCGCAGGACGAGGCGAUGAGGGAGUUGAUGAGCAUACAGCGGGAGGCGCUGAGGGUCGCCCGCGACAGGAACGACCUCCUCCACUCGUUCACCGACCUGCUGAAGGAAUCCCUGAGGAAGUAAACGAAUAAAGGGAAUGUCUGUUGGCGCGGUUCUAACUUAACGAUUAAACUCACCUGGGUCUCUG